AACAUUUUAUUUUAUUAUUUUGAUAUAAAUGUAAUACUAAUAAUUUUUUUUUAGGAAAGGUGAUGUAAUAGGAAUAUUAUUUUUUUUUAUGAAACAUCAUUUUGAAAUAUUGAAUUUUAAUACUCCGUAGUAUAUCAAAGUAAAAGGUAUACUAUUGGAAAAGAGGAGGAAGGCUUUACCAUCUUCCCAAGUCGUCGCCAUCUUCACUUGAUUUCGUCGACAAAGUUUCUUGGAAGAUUUGGAGGGUUGGUGGUCUGCACAAGGAAUGGGGCCUAUAUACUAUAUCAUUGUUGCAUUUCCUUGUACAGUUGGUGCCAUUGCGCUGGCCAUUCUUCAUAUAUAUCGACACCUCUUGAAUUACACUGAGCCUAUAUACCAGAGAUAUAUUGUGCGCAUCAUAUUCAUGGUUCCUGUUUAUGCACUGAUGUCUUUUCUGUCACUUGUUCUGGACAAGAAUGCAAUAUUUUUUAAUUCCAUACGUGAAAUAUAUGAAGCUUGGGUCAUAUACAACUUCCUAUCUCUUUGCUUGGCAUGGGUGGGUGGUCCAGGAGCUGUUGUGCUAAAUUUGGUUGGUCGAUUUCUAAAGCCUAAUUGUUGUCUGAUGACAUGCUGUUUUCCUCAAAUUCCAUUGGACGGGCGCUUCAUACGAAGGUGCAAGCAGGGUUGUUUGCAGUUUGUAAUCCUCAAGCCUGUCUUAGUUGGAGUGACAUUUGUACUUUAUGCAAAGGGAAAAUAUGAGGAUGGGAAUUUCAACCCGAAGCAAUCUUACCUGUAUCUCACCAUUAUCUACACCAUCUCAUACUCAGUGGCUCUUUAUGCCUUGCUGUUAUUUUAUGUAGCAUGCAGAGAUUUGCUUCAGCCAUUUAAUCCUGUUCCAAAGUUCAUCAUGAUCAAAUCUGUUGUUUUUCUGACAUACUGGCAGGGAGUUCUUGUUUUCCUUGCUGCCAAGUCUGGAUUCAUAAAGGAUACAGAAGCUGCAGCAAAGUUUCAAGAUUUCAUAAUUUGUGUCGAGAUGCUUAUUGCAGCUGUUGGCCACCUUUAUGCCUUUCCUUACAAGGAAUAUGCCGGUGCUAAUAUCGGCAUUUCUGGUGGCUUUAGUGCAAGCCUUGCACAUUCUCUUAAACUAAACGAUUUUUACCACGACACUGUGCAUCAGUUUGCACCCACAUAUCACGACUAUGUGCUAUAUAACAAUAGUGAGGGAGAAGAAGGAUCAAUGAAGUACAGGGCACGCACAUUCGUCCCAACCGGUACAGAGAUGGACUCUGUUAGAAGAAACCAGAGUUUGUUUGGAAAUAGGUUGGAAGAUGUUCAGUUACCAGUUUUCUCCUCAUCUUCGGGCAGCAGCAGUCCCGAUAAUCUGGACACUGAUAUGGUCCCUACAUCUAAAGCUGAGGCAACAAUAAACUCUUCAGUAGAAGAAGUGAACACAUUGAAAGCGCAAUCUCUUCCAUACGAUCUCUCGGUCAUUGAUAUCGAAAUGUCUGAUUACCCAACACAGGUACCCCCAGUGAAUGAAACUGGAGUAAGGUGGGGAUGAGUAUGAACCUUGUGAAUAUUAACUACCUCACAUUGGUCUGUAUACUAGUGUUCUUUAAUGCUCUUGUUAUUGAUGUCAUUCAAUUGGCUUACUGAGUUUGGACGUUUAGCCUAAUUUCUCGUUUCUCUGUUUACUGUUAAUAUUUCUUUGAGGGGCAAAUUUGGUACCACUCAUUCACUGCUCCCUUACACUAGUCCAAUUGGGUCACCUACGGUGCUCCAUUUUUAAAAUUGAUGGAUCCUACCCCCUAACCACCCUAAACCCCUCACUCCAACCUUCUGUCCCUGCCCCCCCCCCCCCCAAUUCCCUUAAUUGCCAGAUUUAAAUUUGCCAAAUGACGAUUAAGGGAAAGGGCAGGGGCACAGAGGUUAGAAAGCAUCAAUUUUACGAAUGGGGUACUGCAUGUGCCCUAUUGGACUGGUGUAGGUAUUUGACACCAAUAGUGGUGGUGUCGAUUCAGAAUUUCUCUAUUUCUUUUGUUGUAUAUUGAUGACACCUUAAAUGAAGUUGUGGCCUUCAA